CUCCUCUCUCCCACCGAUCUGCAACCCACUGCCGCCAGUAUUCUUUCUCGCCUUUGCCGGAAACGGAAUUAUCGACGGCGAGACCGGUGGCGCUGGUCCUCCUCCCUUCCGGCCGGAAAGUAUAUUGUCAUCUCUCUCAAUGUCUCGUUUCGCUUCCUAUUCGCCUCAAUUUCACUAGAGAUUGGACAUGUGAAUCUCAAUUACUUUCGAUAACCUAACCGUCGUCUGCUGCGCGAUUCGUCUUCUUUGCUUAUGUUCCAGAUUAUCCAUGGCGGCAUACAACAACACCUCGGCUUCUGAUUGGCAGCUACGACGGCGAGGAGGGAAACCGAAUGUUGUGUCUCUGCGUAUGAGUUGUCAAAGUAGUAGUAGCGCUGAAGAAGCAACCAUGGAAGAGAUCGAAAGCUUGAUAGAGGACACGGUUUCGGACGAAUACACCUCGAUCUGGAAAGCGUCAUCUUCCUCGUCGUCUUGCUCGACGCCCGGAUUCCGAAUGCAGAUGACUUUAUAGUGAGGGGACUUGUCAGGAUCGAAGGCGAGGUUCAUCCUAAAUGUCGUAGUAAUCUUCGAACCAGCACGAGGGAGCUUGAGAAAGAGCCUGGUUGUCGGAUUGUAGAUGUGAACAAUCACAAGUUACACCAAUGGCAACUUGAUUGUAUAGUAGGAAUCAUAAACACGAGCUAUGUAUAGACAGGGAGAGAGAGAGCCGACCUGGAAAUUGGAGCAGAAGAAGUAGUUUUCUAAUUAAUAUUUAAGUAUUUAGAUCCUAAUCAUCCAAUAUCCAUGAAUUUUGAGGUUUUUAUAUGGUUUUGAUGGUCUUUUAUGUUUUUUAGUGUUUUGGUAUGUAUUAUUGUGUUUAUAUAUGUAUUUAGGAGUUAUUGGUAUGAAGAUCAAAAGUAUCUCAUAAGCACACCAAAAAAUUUCUAAUAUAAAUCACAAAUAUGGUAAAACAAACCAUAAAAUGCAUGCCAGAAACCUUCAAUUGCAAAGUACAAGUCUCGAAAAACAUACCAGAAACACAAGAAAGCAAACCACUAAUAUUUCUAAAACACACCAGAAACUUCAUUAAACAAACCACAAACAUGGUAGAAUAAGACACAAAAAGCAUACCAAAAACCUCCUAAUCCAAACCACAAAUCCUCCAAAACAAACCAGAAAUCGCACAAAGCAACCCACAAAUAUUUUGAAAACCACAAACACGGUAAAGCAAACCACAUAAUGUUCGAAAGCACAUCAGAAACCUCGUAAUGCAGACCACAAAUCCAUUAAAACAAACCAGAAACCCCACAAAUCAAACCAUAAAUUGUUCGAAAGCACACCAUAAACUUCUUAAUGCAGACCAGAAACACAAUAAAGCAAACCAGAAACCUCCUAAUGCAUACCACAAAUCUUCUAAAAAAAACCACAAACCUCACAAAGCAAACCACAACAUUUGCAAAAGCACAUCAGAAACCUCCUAAUGCAAACCACAAGCACGGUAAAACAAACCACAAAAGCAAACCAGAAACCUUCUUAUGCAAACCACAAAUAUAUUAAAACAAACCACAAACACAAUAAAGCAAACCACAAUUUUUUUGAAAGCAAACCAGAAACUUCUUAAUGCAAACCACAAACACAAUAAAGCAAACCACAAAAAGCAUACACAAAUAUGAGAAACCAAACCAUAAAUCUCACAAUGCAGACCAUAACAUCCGAUGAUCGUUGAUCGUUGACCGGUCAAUAAAAAUCGUUGACCAAACUCUGAUGACCGUCAGUGACUGGAUUCCGGCGCCGAUAGGCAUAUUCCAGGCCCGAUGACUAGAUUCUGACGCUGGUAAGCAUAUUCCGACCACGGUGAGCAUAUUCCGGCGACGGUAGCAUAUUUCGAUGAUAAAAAGCAUAUUCCGGCGACAAAAAGGCAUAUUCCAGUGACCGGCGACCAGAUUCCGGCGAUCGAUGGCCGAAUUCCGGCGACCAAAAUUUUGGGCCGAAAAUAAAAAAAAAAAUUUAUUAUUAUUUAAACAUAUUUUUCAUAAUGACAAUUAUACCCCUGGUUUGAUUUUACACUAGAUCAACUCAUCUAAUUAAAAGUCAUCACAACCCUAACUUCCUAUUGAUUGGAGACUAGUGUUGUUACAAUAACAACAAACAUGAUGUUGUCACCAUAUCCGCUCCCCAUUAACUAUACCUCAACCUGCCAUUCGUUGUAUCUCCAUAAGCAUCUACAACAAGGGCCUCUUUCGUGUCUCCUAUCGCUGAAAUUCCAUCGCCAAUCACCUCGUCCGCCAUUUUUCCUUUUUUUCCAACACUUAUGGCAAGUUCCUUGCUCUCAAAUAUUGAUUUAUCCUACAUCUACUUCAUGGAGCAGUUUAUUGGCCUACCUAAUGCUAGAAGUAUUGAAGUCUUGGAUUGAAUGACAAUGGCAGAGGUUUCCUGAGAUACAUCUUUAGUAAAUGUUAAGUAUUUUG